AGCAAUGAGAUGAGUCCGACGAUCCCAUGGGCCUUGAACGCAGCACGCCUGGGGGUGUAAUGGUGAGCUUCCAGACUGGCUGGCAGCAGUGAAGCAUGGGACGCCGAACACUGAGUAGCCAGGAGACUCUGGACGGACACUAAACAGUGCGAGCAGCCGCAUUUACCGCCUUCUCCUUCAUCAUCUUCUGGCAACUAUAGGUGGCAUCGAAGAACAGGAAAAUAAAGAGGAGCGCGGGAGGAUGGAGGUAGAGAAGCGGGCGAAUGGGUUCGACUACCCGGACAGAAACAACGCCAAGUCGGUUAACGGCUUCUACGGGGACCAUUCAUUGGAACCUGAUCAGAAUGACAGCAUGGAUGAUCCAGCUGAGCAGCGUACCUGCCUCAUCUGUGGAGAUCGAGCCACAGGCCUGCACUAUGGCAUCAUCUCUUGCGAGGGCUGUAAGGGCUUCUUCAAGCGCAGCAUCUGCAACAAGCGCGUGUACCGAUGCAGCAGGGACAAGAACUGCGAGAUGUCACGCAAGCAGCGCAAUCGCUGCCAGUACUGCCGCCUGCUCAAGUGCCUCCAAAUGGGGAUGAACCGCAAAGCAAUCAGAGAGGACGGCAUGCCAGGGGGGAGGAACAAAAGCAUCGGACCUGUUCAGAUCACGGAGGAGGAGAUUGAGCGCAUCAUGUCAGGCCAGGAGUUCAAAGAGGACGCUCCGGAGCACACGUGGGGCAACAAUGGCGACAGCGACCACAGCUCUCCUAGCAACGGCGCCUCGGAGGGCAACCAGCCGUCACCUGUCUCCACGCUGUCGUCCAAUCGCUCCAUGGAAAUGAACGGCUACACGGCAGCCCUCAGGGACCAGUACAUCAACACCUCCAUGUCCACACAUUACCAGCUCCUGCCACACCUCUUCAGUUACGCCGCCCAAUCUGGCCUGCUGGCCCCCCAGCCCCGCAGCCUUUACCCACAGUCCCAUCCGCUCGUGCUGCAGCUGGUGGCUGCAGAAGAUCUGGCCCCCCUGGCCACACCGAUGCUCAUAGAAGAUGGCUACAAGGUAACACAGGUGGAGCUGUUUGCCCUGCUGUGUCGUCUGGCAGACGAGCUGCUGUUCCGCCAGAUCUCGUGGAUCAAGAAGUUGCCUUUCUUCUGUGAACUCUCCAUUGAGGACUACACCUGCCUGCUCAGCUCCACCUGGCAGGAGCUCAUCCUGCUCUCCUGCCUCACCAUCUACAGUGCCCAGAUCUUUGGCGACUUGGCUGAUGUCACCGCCAAGUACACACCAUCCGAUGACGAGCUGCAGGGUGAGGACGGCAUGGAGGUGAUGGAGAGACUGAUAUAUCUGUUUCGCAAGUUCCAUCAGUUGAAGAUUAGCAAUGAAGAGUACGCCUGCAUGAAAGCCAUCAACUUCCUAAACCAAGAUAUCAGAGGACUGUCAAACAUCUCUCAGCUUGAGCAGCUGAACAAGCGCUACUGGUAUGUGUGCCAGGAUUAUACUGAGUAUAAGUACCCACACCAGCCCAAACGCUUCCCUGAGAUCAUGAUGUGUCUGCCAGAGAUUCGCUGUAUAGCAGGGAAGCUGGUCAGCGUCCCGCUGGAGCAGCUCCCUCUCUUGUUCAAAGCAGUCUUGCACUCCUGCAAAUCAAGCCUGACCAGCUACAGGACUGGCCCGUCACCCUGUGUGACCGCCUCCUCUGGAAACUAGAGGCCUCCCUGACCCCAACCACCCCCACCCCCUACGGCGAGGGAAUGGUCGCCCCUCUUGUGAAUGUGACAAGCAGCUAGUUUGUUUUUUUCUUUUUAUAUUUAUUACACGACAGAGCUGAAUGUAUGCUGAUUUACACUGUGCACAUGCUUCUGUACAAAACAAAUGCUCAUAGAUGCAUUGGUCUUUGGAGUUUACAAGUGUGUAUCCAGUUUGCUCAAUGCGUCAGUGUUGCCAAUGUUAGAGCUAGACUUAAAAAAAAAAAAGAGUUUAUUUUAUUCAGAUCGGGGCAGAUAGACACAUGUGACAAGUGUUUUGAGACUACCUCAGGAAGAUGUUAUUGCUAUUUUUGUGGUGUUGAUGAAGAGUCGCCCAGUCUAAUACGAAAUCCCAGUGGAUGCCUCAGUCACAGUCUGAAUGUUGACAAGAGUUCAAUUCAAAUCAAACAUAGAUCAAAUGUGGUUUUAUUCCGCGGAACAUGUGAAAUAGAGCUACUUUAUCUGCAUGGACUUUUUUGACAUUCUGCUUAUGGGAGGCGGUCGUGUCAAGGUAACAUUCCACGAGUUAAGGUGACAGCUAUUUGGAUCUUUGUGAUCUUCGGAAAAGGAGUAUACGGGUAUUUUUUACAAUCGUAGACUGGGGAUGUAAGGUUUUAAUGCAAGGGUAAGGGAGGGUAGCUAGCUUUGCUGUUUGUUGUCUUGUUUUUGACCAAAGUGUUAUGCAAUGCUUUUUUUUUCAAAUGCCCAUCGAUGGGCAUGGAGCUGAUAGCUCAACUAAAACAAAAAAUCUUGUCGUUGAAGGAUGAGGAUAAGAAACGAAUCAAUCUGAUGGACAGAUGAACAUGUUGCCAGAUUUCCUUCGAAAUGCUGCUGAACCUGCACACAUUUUUACAUUCAACAGGCGCGUUUUGGAGGGAAGCGACUAACUGAUCAGUAGAGCUGCAACAAUGAAUCGAUGAUUAAUCAUCCAACACAUGGACAACUAUUUUGGUAUUCGAUUCAUCGGGUUUUGAUUUAAAAAUGUAAAUAUCCUCUGAUUUCAGCCUCUUAAAUGUGAAUAUUUUUGUUUUGUUUUCGCCAUCCAUGAAAGCAGACCUAUUAUCUUUGUGUUUUAGGCAAAACAAGGUAUUCACACACAUCAGCUUUCAUUUUGGAAAACAGCGAUGGACCUCUUUUCUGAUGUUGUGGACCAAACCACUGUUUGUGUUUACUUCAGAUUGUUUUGGUCCGUCAAGGGCCUAACCAAUUACUCGAUUAAUCGAAACAACAGGCUUCAGAUUAAUCGACUAAGAAAAUAAUAGUAAGUUGCAGCCCUAGUUGACAGAGUUUGCAGUUGUCAGGCUAAAGGGCAAAGACUUCCACAGACUGGGAGCCACGGACACAGAGGCUCGGGCACCUUUAGCUUUUAAUUUUCUUGGCGGGACAGACAACAAAAGUUGAUCAGAUGACCGAUUACUCGAUCUAUCUGAACAACAAGCUUCAGAUUAAUCGGCUAGGGAAAUUAUCGUUAGUUGCAGCCCUACUGAUCAGCCAGUUCAUAUCAACUGUCAUGACGACCCCUCCAUGCCUAUGGCCUCGUAAAGACAUGGGGAUGUCAGACUGUGGUCAGGUCCUACCAGGUCCAAUCAUGCUUUUGCACAGACCGAGAAGCAGAUUUAGGUGAGACCUGACCCGAACUGUCUCAGGUAAAGUUGAAUGUGACUAGCAAGUAAUGUCCUGCCGCGUUUGCAGAUAAUCAGUCGAACCUGGCUAAGAUUUCUACAAAGUGAUGGAUAGGUUUAGAGCGUUCUGGUGCUUGCUCUCUGUGACAAAUAUGCACAUUGUUGGAGAAUACGGUCUUUAUUUUUGAAGUGACGAGAUGAUCGUGUCGAACCCCUUGAAGUAUCAUCUUUGAUUACUCAAGUUUUUUGUUUUGUUUUUAUCCGUUUCGUUAUGUGCAAGCAGACAAAAAUGCAGUCAUUGCAACGACUCUCUUUUUUGCACACAACGGUGAGGUUCAGAGACCUCGGCCACUGCCCACCCGGUGUGUUCCUCUCUCAGGUCCCGACUGGCCUGGAUGGAAACAGGGUAAAGUGAGUGUUAUGUAUUGCAUUCAGGAGUUACUCAGAGACCGUGCUGAAGUGCUUGUUGUGUUAGUAGACGUAGGACAGGACAUCGUAGGUCCGCUGUAGGGAAAAAAAAAAAAAAAAAAAAAGAUUUGCGUGAUCCUGCCCCCUUCAUGCAGGUGAAAGUUUGGAAGCGAAACACGGACGAGAGUUGUUGAGUUUCUGAUGAGCUCGGUGAUAAGCAGUCGCAGUGCUCGAAUACCUGCUUUUCAUCGCGGUGUUUCUCUUUCAAACGCUCAGUUAGCCUGUUUUCAUCUUUUGAUUUUUAGACCUUUUCAUGUACCUAUGUAGUUUUUGUGAAUGUUUUGGGUUUUUGUUAUACUUCAUGUAUUCAUUGUCUUUUUUUUUUUCUUGGCAUGAGGAUAAAGCCUCAUUUCCCACAUGUUUUAACCUUUGGUGGACUUGAUUUAAAAGGCAUUCCCGUUGUGCACGGCGAGUUAUGAAGGGAGAUGUGAUGUCAGACACGUUUUUAUGCGGCGAUCCUGACAUCUUGGAAUCUUUUACGUAGUAUUCGAUACACCAUGUUCAAUGUUUCCUACUGGUAUUAACCCAUAAGAACCCACACCCAAUUCUGCUUCAAGUAAAAUGACACUUAGAACGCAUUUCUGUUGACUAAACUAACCUGGCGUCGAUGGCGUGGGACUUGUCACUGUUUCAGAGGAAGACAUUUUGCCAAAUGCUCGGCAAACAUCCCGUGAUGAGGGAAAAACAAACACGGCGCUUCAACACCUCAACCUUUAUCAGCCACCUGAAACGGCAGCAUCGCUAAGACGCCCAGGGCUUGUGCCUAUGGCCGCGGCAUUUGAAAAGUGCAAAAAAGUUUACCAGAGACGACUCGAAGGCUAAAACGAUCUGUGAUUUCAUUGUGAAAAAGAGCCACGCUUUGUACUUUGGAGCCGCCACUAUUUUUUAUCUUUCGUUAAUAGUAGCAAGAACAAAUCUACAGGUACAGUUUGUCAAAUCCAGCUUUGUAGUAUGGACAUAAAUAAGUUAUCAGGUAUGAGUAUUGGUCUUGAGAAGCAGGAAGUUAUUGGUAUCGGCUCUAUACUCUGUUUCACUGGGCAUUUAUGGUAAAUGUACAAAUAUACCAAUUUUGUAUUUUUCUGUUUUACGGUUUUGCUUGAGCAGCAAAGCUUCUGGUUCGCUGGGCAACACAACAUCGGUAUAAUGCAUCCUGUAGCCGGGAAAGUUAGGCCUUCAAAAUAAAAGCACGGCAAAUAAAAGGUGACAGUUGCGAGGGCAUCCGGCAAACAGAGGCAAAACCAUUCGUUGGAUUUACUUGCUGUUGCUGAAAGGGAACGGCACACCACAGUCGGCAGUCGGGUCUUUCCACCAGCAAACAAUUUGCCAUAUUUUCUGUAAAUGUUUCCCUUAUUUUCAAAAGCAAACGCUGACAGGCUUUCCAUAGCAAUUUGAAGGAGCCUGAUACUGAUACUGAUUGAUUCCUAGCUUGUUUAUUGAAAAAUUGGAGUAAGAAGAGUUUAAUUGUAGUAUUUGACACCCUAUUAAAGUAUUAACAUUGUUAAAUAGAUUUCAAAUUGGCUUUUUAACAGCAAACAAUACACUUUUGAAAAUGGGCUAGCUUACCUAAUACAUUGCAAGCACAAAGUUCUGUAGCACACCCAUUCAUCCAUCCAUCCAUUUUCUAUGCCGCUUCUGCUUAUUAGGGUCGCGGGGGCAUGCUGGAGCCUAUCCCAGCUGACUUCGGGCGACUUCUAUAGCGCACCUUUGGAACACAUUUGACGUGUUGGGUUCUUAUGGGUUCAGUUUCUUUCAUUUUCUCCCCACAGGAGUCUCACACGAGUGCGGACUCAAGUUAGCCGAAUAAAUAAAUAAAUAAAUAGAAUUAGCAAUCUCGGGGGUUGUUAAACAGGGGUGCCCAUACAUUUUGUGGAAAAAUCAAAAAUAUUUUUUUCAUUUUGGAAAACAAGCAAAAAUUUCCGACUAAUUCUCUCACAUGACACCUUUUGCCUCUUCCCCUUUUUUUGGCACUAUGCCUCGAGCCCAUAAAAAAGAGCAUAGUUAGACGACACACCCGCCAUCCGGCUAUCGUCGACUUAAGCAGGACGGCUGGCCAGGACACACAGUGGUGAAUGAGGGAAAGAUCCUUUCAUAUCCUGGCAAUCAGCUUGAAAAACUCACCACAGCUACCUCACUGCCGUCUUCUCAGGAGUAUUUGUCCAUUUUGUUUCCCAACCACACAAAGGAAAUGUCAUUUGCAAUGUACGUGCUGAAACUACCUCUGUCAUCAUUUCACUGACACUACAGUACAUAUCGCUGAAUUGUUUGGGGUUUUUUGUUGUCUUAUUUAUUGGUUUCACGGUUUUCUCUUCGUUUGUCGCUAAUGUCACGUCACCUCUCAGAUUCCCGAAAGUGCUUCAAACAAAGUCAGCAUGUUGCCUCGUGUACCUCUCUACCUCAGACUCGCUGCUGUAUGUCUGUCAGCAGCUUGAAAUUUCUCUGACCUUCGGCUGGAACACACCAAGUACUUUUUAAUUUCUCCUUUCAGGCAGCAGGCAUCCGCGCCCCCCCCCCCCCCCCCCCACCCCCACACCCGCAUGCUUUUUCAUUUCUUCCCCCCCCGCAUGUGUUAAUGUGACUCCAACAUCAAGGGUGAAAGAAUGAAAAUGAGGAAUUAGCCGGGGUGUAGCGGUACGCCACAAUCACUGUUUAGUCCGUACUUCGGUGUUGAGGUUUAUUUUGAAUACCGUAAAACUGCUCAGCUUGAAAAAUGCAAAAUCCAAACUUCUGGCAGGUAAAUGUCUAACAAAUGAAAACUCCCAUAUAAAUGUGGGAAAAAAGAGAAAAUAACAAACGGUGGAUCCUAGUGCUGCUGCGUCCACUAAUUUGCAUAAGCAAGUACUUCUUAUUUACAGAUGUUCAUCAAACCGAACACCUCCCUCACGGUGCAUCCAGAAAUAACAAGUAGUACAUGGGCUUCCCAGCAUGCCUUACGGGAUGUACAUUAGUCAUACAGCAAUCCCUCGUUUAUCGUGGUUAACUGGUCCUCCUUUAUAAAUCAAAUAUUUUAGUAGUUAGGGCAUAGAAAAGCUGUUCACCACCUUCUAAAUACGCAUUUUAACAUGAUGAAAGCCCUCGAGACAUGAAAUAUCUCCCCUAGAGUCACCUUUACACUCCUAUGACCCAAUAUAGUCGACAUAAUCAGACAAAAUAAGACUUGUGUGGUGCUGUAAAUGUGCUCCAGUGCUGGGGAGCUGAGUGGGGGUUGGACAGGAAGUGACGUCAGGGGUUGAGAGUUGAGUUUUGGUUUGGCCUGGGUUACGGCCACAACAGGGCCCGCGUUAGGGAUAAAUUGUGCCUGAGAUCAGAGCAUACAAACCUGCAGUAAAAGCCUUGUCUGGUGCUUGUGUGUCUCACCCAACAUUACCGUAGCGUUACUGAGACCUUGUGACCAGUGUAGAAUGCUACCUAUCAGCACAAUGGGUCUUCUGAAUGCCUUUAUGCUUGAAAAUGUUUUAUUUAGGCAAAAAAACCAUGUAAAAUGUGCUUAAUUAUGCAUAUUGUUUGGAUAAUAAUAGGCCGUAUUCGACCAUGAAACAGCAUGAUUUAUUCAUUCAUAUAUUUUUGAAACACUGUGAUAGAGUGAAGCUACGAACCUCCAAGCGCAAAGUGGCGAGGGAUGACUGUCAAAUAGAAGUGUUUUGCAUGUACAGUAUUAGUGUGUAAGCGUCUGUCCAUGCCUGCAUCGUCCGUGUGGUGAAGUUACAUUGCGUGUGUGUUACUUGUUAUUUUUGGUCGCACCGUGAGAGAGGGAGGCAUUUGGUUUGGUGCACUCCUGUUGGUUUGCGUUUGUUUUCCCAUAAAAAAAAAGAAUGUUUUGAUCAAAAAUCUGCAAAUGUGUUGGGUUGUGAAUGCUGAAUCGCAUAUAAGCAGGGAUCGUAAGUAUAAUAGUUCACAACAGGGGUGUCAGAACUUUUAUCACCGUAUAUUAGAGUACUGUCUGGUAUGACAUCUUAUUCAUAAUGAGAAAAAGAAAUCCCCGUGCCGCAGUUUGGACACCCCUGUUUUGCAGCGUUUCUUCUAUUUCAGAAAUGAAAACUCCUUCUGCAGUGCAGCAUCAGUGGUUGCAGCUUGAGCCCCUGUUCAUUAUCAAUGGAUGAAGGUUUUCAAGCUCGGAUUUCUCCUCGGCACUAUCACGACGACGCCAAAGCCGACCUACGCUGUAUUUGUUUCUUCCAGCCCUUUAAAUGCGUACCGUGUAGGAAACCGAAUGUUCCGUUGAUUUCGAAAACAUGUGACAUGCAACAUGCAACAUGUGACUCCUCAUCGUGACAUGCCGGUGUUUUGUUUACUUCUUUUCUCCUCUACUUGUUUUUUUUUUUUUUUUUUUGAUUGAGUUACAUGAUUUGCUGUUCACCAGUUUGCCACUGAAGGUAGCGACAGUGUUAUCGUGGAGGCUGCUAUCAUAUCCGAUCAAUUAUCAAUAACCACGGAAUGUAACUGCAGUCGCGCUGACAUCGCCUUGCGUCGACGUGCUUCCUCUGCGGUCGAGUGACCCUGUCACUGUGGCACGAGACCACGGACUCGUGCGGCGUUAUCACUGGGUUUGGACUCACGCUGCCGCUUAACUUAUUGAUAAAGACAUUUGCAUGACAUCGUCGUGAGAUAUCUGCGGAUUGCUUAAUUUAUUGUGAAUUGAAUGCCGGUAAAGCUAAAGGUAUCCCCUCCACUCUUCAACUUCAAGGUGUCAUAUUUUCUGUAAAUGUAGUUUUCAUGUUUGCUGCCUGUGUAAUGUGUCCAACCUCGGUGAUGUCACGCUAUCGGAGCACAAGGUGAGGAGUACACAUCUCAGGGAGUACAUUGAUUUAUACACUGUUGUUUACUGUGAACAGACAAAUGAAAGUGCGUCGUCUUUUUUCUCUUUGGGAAUCUUGUCUGCUCUUGUUACUUUAACUACCUGUUAAGAAUGUGAUCCAUUAUGUGUUUCAAGCAUGUUUAGAAUGUGUUAGGAGAUAAAAUAAAAAAAAAACUAAUAAAUGUGAACGUUAUGCAAGCGUACCCAUGCGGUCCUUGAUUGAUUUACUUUUCAGUGUGUUCCAUUUAUUUUUGUCACACAACAUGAUAAAAGAAACUGAUUAGAUCAGGAGUGUCCAAAGUGCGGUAAGUGUGCAACCGAUGUUGAUUUAGGGACAGCGCUACACUGUAAGGAGCCAAGUACAGCGUCCCACGCCGACGCACGGCUCGCUCCUCCCCCUCCAAGCCCUCCUGCUAGGUAAAAUGUAUCCGCUCACCACUCAUGAAUGAUAACUGUAAGCUGAUCCAUGGACACAUGCAAUGGGAGUCAUAUGUACAUGGGAGUCACAGCACACAGCUACGGCGCGUUCAAGGGCCGCUGAACAAAGUGUGAAAUGUCAACGCUUGAUGAAAAAACAUGAUCAGUGAGGCAUAAAGA